GUGCGGUGCGGCUUGCGGCGAUGGGCGGCUCGAGCGUAAAUCGGCCCUAAAUCGGUGAAAUAGCGUUCCCAACGCAAAACCCAAACGCAGUUUGCGUCUCGCGCAUGCGCAGUGGCUUCGACGCUAUUUCUUUGGGGCCCCAAAACGUUUGGGGCCCCUAUUCUAAAACUCUCUAUUAUCCACCAAUCAGAUUGUUUAGUUAUUUCUACCUGUUCAAAGUCUAUUUUGCUUUCACUGUCUUUAAAACCCAAAGCUUUGAAUAGUUCCCCUGUUCAUAAUAUAAGAAAAAUAGGGAAAAAAGAGAAAGAAGAAUUAGGAAUAGUAAAAAAAAAAAGAGUAGCGCAGCCGUAAAGACCCUUGCAGCCGGCGUAGCGUGUGCCAGCUAGCGUUCAAAACGCGCGCCUAGAACCGAAACUGGAAGUUAAUUCCAUGCGCUUGGUGCGCUACAGUCAAUUCGGCGGCUGGGCUCUGUUAAUCAUUAGAAUUGGCUACAAUUAUUGCAUAGAAUAAAGAACCAACUUUUGAUUAAUGUAUGAAACUCUAUGCUGUUAACCACAGUAACUCUAUGGGCCGCAUGCAUGAUGACGAGCUCGAUGGUCUUUUCAAUCGAUUGGUUUGUUCCAUAGGGUUUGUUUGUUCCUGUUGCACUCGUUAGUUUCGCUUUUAGCUGUCUGAUGCUGAACGGCUCUUGUGUUCUCGUCGUUUGUGCUGAAGUGAAAACUUGCUGACGAUCCACUGAGUGCAAGCUUGGAAGAGCGGCCUAGCUAGGGUGGCUCCAAAAGCGGCGCUCCAAAUGGCGGAGCCAUUCACUCCGGCAGUUGCCUGCGCGCCCGUAGUCAAAGUCGAAAUCAGCGUGUCCUGUAGGCAACUCAAGUUGAAGGAUGUUUUUUCCAAGUCAGACCCUAUGUGUGUUUUGUUUAUGCGGACUUGCAACACUGACCAAUGGUGGGAGGUGGGGCGCACAGAAAUGAUACGCGACUGUCUUGACCCUGACUUUGUGACAAAGUUCAUAGUGGACUAUUACUUUGAGGAGCGUCAGCAGCUUAUGUUUAAAGUGUAUGAUGUUGACAGCAGGAGCGUAAACCUUCAAAGUCAUGAUUUCCUUGGUCAAGUUAACUGCACGCUGGGAGAAGUCAUUGCCUACCAAGGCACCCAAGUCAAGCUCCAGAUGUCGGGACUCCCAGGCAACUGUGGCGCCAUCUUACUGACCGUUGAGGAAGUACUUGACUGCAAGCGAGUGAUCGACAUGCAGUGGCAGGGAAAGAAGCUGGACAAGAAGGACUGGUUCGGCAAGUCGGACCCUUUUCUGGAGUUCUACCGUGUCAGCGAAGACAACAGCUACACAGCUGUGUUCCGUACUGAGGUGGUGAAAAGGCAACUGAACCCAACGUGGCGUCCAUUUACCAUUCAGAUGCAACAGCUGAGCGGUGGUGAUCAGGACCGCACCAUACGGGUGGCCUGCUACGACUGGGAUUUAGGUGGAGGCCACGACCUCAUCGGGGAGUUCCACACCAAUGUGCGCACCCUAUCUGAGGGGCCAGGCCCAACAAACAAUUACGAGCUCAUCAACAGGAGCAAGCAGGCCAGAAAGAAAAGCUACAAGAACUCGGGUUUGGUGAAGCUCGUGUCCUUUUUGAUCAGAGAACAGGCCACAUUCCUCGAUUACAUUCGUGGUGGAAUGCAGAUGCACUUCACGGUAGCCGUGGACUUUACGGCCUCCAACGGGGACCCUCGAGACCCCACGUCCCUACACUUCCUAGAUCCAGUGCGACCCAAUGCAUACGCUAUGGCCAUUCGGGCGGUGGGAGAGGUGAUCCAGGACUACGACUCGGACAAGAUGUUUCCUGCUCUGGGCUUCGGAGCACGCCUGCCACCUGAUGGGCGUGUUUCACAUGAGUUCUUCCUGAAUGGCAGCUCCACAGACCCAUACUGUGCAGGCAUACAGGGUGUUCUGGAAGCCUACCAGAGGACCCUCCAGUCUGUUCAGCUGUACGGUCCCACCAAUUUUGCACCGAUUGUCAACCACGUGGCAAAGUUUGCAAGAAAUUAUUGUGAUGGCCGAAGCUACUUUGUGCUGCUCAUCAUCACAGACGGUGUCAUCAGCGAUAUGCCACGAACUAGGGAGGCCAUUGUACAGGCUUCCUCCCUGCCCAUGUCAAUCAUCAUCAUAGGUGUGGGCAAUGCCGAUUUCUCAGCCAUGGAAGCCCUUGAUGGAGAUGUCGUGCAGCUGAGCUCAGGUUUCCACCGAGCCGAACGAGACAUUGUCCAAUUUGUGCCCUUGAACAAGUUCCUUCAAGGUGGUGGCACCUGGCAGAGCAACCAGAUGCAGCUUGCCAAGGAGGUGCUGGCCGAGGUCCCCGGACAGGUCACUUCUUACAUGUACAAGCACAACAUUAAGCCUGGACUGGGCCAGGAGACCGUAGUCCCCCCUGUAACUUAAAUAUAUGGGUAUGUUCAGACUGUGAAACCAAAAAAGAAAUUGAUGCUGCCCUUUUAUUUUCUAAACAGGAACUGAACCUGGACCAGGAGACUAGUAUACUUGCUGCCAUUUGAGAGAUGAACCUGCUCUAUAAUGUGACAAAAGAAAUAAUUUGAAGGCAUUUUUGUGAUUGGCCUGACAAUGUUUUAAACAAAACAAACAACAUGUUUUGGCACAUAGAAAAGCUGUGAGUGAAGCCACAUCAGUUGUAAAAGAUUUGAAAAGACUCUAACCAGAUGUUUCAGGGAGUUUAUGCUAUUACAAUGUUUUCACUUGGAGGAUACAAACUUCAGGAUGUAUCAGCUGAGCACAUUACAGAGAAGUUUGGGAUGUGUAAAACUAACUCUGGAGGCGUUAAAUUGCCAACCUCAGUGUUUUGCAUGUUGUGAGUAUGUGUUCUUGCUUUCUCUGCUGUGUAUGGUUGAGGCAGAAGGCUCUGGCAUUAGUAUUAAGCUACCAUAUUCACCUCCGUAUAACUCAAACCCUUUAUUAAAGUGAAAAGUUGGAAAGUGAUGGGUAAAACCUAAGUGUAUCUACAUUUGCGUUUGGGUAAGCUUUCCCAAAUCUGCACACUUUAAUGUUAACCAAAAAUUUUCUGAGCACUUCGACUUGUAUAAUGACCAUACUCAUGCAGUGGCCACACCUGCCAGCUUUCUGGAAAAUACCCCAUCCAGGAUAUCGUUGGUCUCCACCCAGUUUCAAGCUGCACCCUCUGACAUGAUGAUAUAAGAAGUGCCAUGUUUCUGUGUAGCAAGUGAUAAACCCAGCUCAUCUACAAUGAUCUGCAGCAGAUGUUGUGUGGCCAUUACUGCAUUUUGCUUGUGUUGGUGUCAUACUUACCCGAGACUGUGCGACCCUGUGGUAGCUUCCAUUUUCUGAAAACAGGUUAACUCAAACCCCCGUAUUUUCAAGCAAUCCUCCACUCAACUGAGUGGAGCACAGCGUCACCCCAUUGACUGAAAAAGAUGCUGCUCUUCUCAGGGAUGCCUGUGGAGCACCACUGAAAAGCAGCUGUCCAGGGAUGGCACUGCCAUCAACUUCCUCGAAUCGAGGUGGAGGGCUGAGUGGAGUAACAUUCUAGAGUUUGGGGGUCCCAGACUGUGCCCAUCAAGGCACCACUACCUGUAAAGAGUGGGGCUACGGCCAAACUGCCCACCUGACUACCAUAUAUAUAUAUAUCUAUGGUAAGGUUCCCUCGUUACAAAAUUGUUAGCCAGUGAAAAAAAGAACAUAUUUUGUUGCUAAGCUCGUGGUUGUAUACUCUGACCUAUCAUGCAGUUUCAUCAUCAUCAUCAGCCUGGUUACGCGGCUGAUGAUGACUCUACAACUUUGCGUAUGUAACUUUAUAUAUGUGUGUGUGUGUGUGUAUAUAUAUAUCAUCAGCCUGGUUACGCCCACUGCAGGGCAAAGGCCUCUCCCAUACUUCUCCAACUACCCCGGUCAUGUACUAAUUGUGGCCAUGUCGUCCCUGCAAACUUCUUAAUCUCAUCCGCCCACCUAACUUUCUGCCGCCCCCUGCUACGCUUCCCUUCCCUUGGAAUCCAGUCCGUAACCCUUAAUGACCAUCGGUUAUCUUCCUCCUCAUUACAUGUCCUGCCCAUGCCCAUUUCUUUUUCUUGAUUUCAACUAAGAUGUCAUUAAUUCGCGUUUGCUCCCUCACCCAACCUGCUCUUUUCUUAUCCCUUAACGUUACACCCAUCAUUCUUUCCAUAGCUCGUUGCGUCGUCCUCAAUUUAAGUAGAACCCUUUUCGUAAGCCUCCAGGUUUCUGCCCCGUAGGUGAGUACUGAUAAGACACAGCUAUUAUACACUUUUCUUUUGAGGGAUAAUGGCAACCUGCUGUUCAUGAUCUCAGAAUGCCUGCCAAACGCACCCCAGCCCAUUCUUAUUCUUCUGAUUAUUUCCGUCUCAUGAUCUGGAUCCGCACUCACUACCUGCCCUAAGUAGAUGUAUUCUCUUACCACUUCCAGUGCCCUGCUACCUAUCGUAAACUGCUGUUCCCUUCCGAGACUAUUAAACAUUACUUUAGUUUUCUGCAGAUUAAUUUUUAGACCCACCCUUCUGCUUUGCCUCUCCAGGUCAGUGAGCAUGCAUUGCAAUUGGUCCCCUGAGUUACUAAGCAAGGCAAUAUCAUCAGCGAAUCGCAAGUUACUAAGGUAUUCUCCGUUAACUCUUAUCCCCAAUUCUUCCCAAUCCAGGUCUCUGUAUACCUCCUGUAAACACGCUGUGAAUAGCAUUGGAGAGAUUGUAUCUCGCUGCCUGACGCCUUUCUUUAUUGGGAUUUUGUUGCUUUCUUUAUGGAGGAUUAUGGUGGCUGUGGAGGCGCUAUAGAUAUAUUUCAGUAUUUUUUCAUACGGCUCAUCUACACCCUGAUUCUGUAAUGCCUCCAUGACGGCUGAGGUUUCGACAGAAUCAAACGUUUUUUCGUAAUCAAUGAAAGCUAUAUAUAAGGGUUGGUUAUAUUCCGCACAUUUCUCUUUCACCUGAUUGAUAGUGUGGAUAUGGUCUAUUGUUGAGUAGCCUUUACGGAAUCCUGCCUGCAGUUUAAUUUUAUUUAAAAUUUAGCUGUUUUGCAAGUUUGUGGUACAGUUAUUCUGUUAAUUCUUGACAUUUUUCAUCAUCAGACUUGCUUCUCUACUUCUUACAUGGACUUGUGAGGGUAUCGCAUUUAUGCAUUCUUCUACUCGUUGCAAAAUCUUGCCAGCUCACAUGCACCCCUCUGUGAAUAAAACUCAGUGAUAACUUUCUUGCUCAACUGCAGUGCACGAAGUGCAAAAAAACUGGAAUUCCAUUGAUCACACAUGCAGUGCUCUAAUUGCUUAGCACAUCCAAAAUACAAAAGAAAGAAAAAAACAGCAUCAUUUUUUCCAAUACAAUACAAUUUUAUUUAUUUGGAGACAUACAUACUCAAUUAUGCUGAUCCGCCCAAACACAAUGUGCUUGUUUGGCAGAUCAGGCAACUGGUAGAGUUGGUGCAUACAGCUCAAGUUUAGGCACCGGAAAUGAAAUAUUAAUAUUUAAAGGAAAAAAAAUACUUUAUGCACUGCAAGUAGCGCAAUCAAACAGAAAUACAUUACAGAGCAUACAGAUUUAUAUAAAACGAGGAAAAAACCCACAAAUUUCAUCAUUUCAGGAAAAAGUUCAGGUAAUUUAUACAAAUACUACAGUUGAUACACACCGGUUUCUAAUAUUUUUUGACAUUUUCUUUUUACCAUUAAUAGAGCAGAAGUCAUCAUCAAGCUUGUUCAGUACAGCUGGUACACAAAGGCUUCUCAUAUUUUUCUUGUAGUUGUAGUAAUAACGUGCAAUCAUCGUGAAGUGAAAAAGCUCACGGAUUGGCAGCACUCCCAGCAUGCUUAGUUUAUCUUCUAUUGUGGCUUAUUGCAAAUAAGUGCCAUAAGUUAUAGUGUUAACUGUUCUUCUUAUUACAGAAUUUAAAGUUGGAGCCUUAUAAUCCGAGCAAUUACUGUGUAGCGUGAUUUCAUACGUAAGAAGAGGUUCUACCAAUGAUUUAUAAAUUAAAUAGCUAAGAUAAAGUGGGGAUUUCCCUCUAAGAUAGUACAUCAUGGCCGCCAUGGCUCUUGUCUUUUUAACAAGCUAACGUGAUUCCACGUCAAGUGCUGAUCCCAGAAAAUACCAUGGUACUUAAUAACUGGUUUCACUGGCAGACAAACACAUUUACAAUGGUAACAAUUUGAUGAGUGCAAGAAUAGUGUUUUGAAAACGAAAUUGCUUUAUGGGGAUGCCUAAAACGUGUGUUUUGUCUUCUUGAGGUUUAAGAAAAUUGAAUCCCGUGAGAACGAGCCAAUGACUUGGUUGAUGUCGGCCUGGAAGCUUUCCAUUCGUCUAUCACAUUUACUAGCCUCGAGUACCAGCGCUGUAUCAUACGCUUAUUGAGAUACUCUAGAUGUCAACUCCAGUAAACCUAAAUCGGAAAAAUACACAUUAAAAGUAAAGGACCAAGUGUACUUCCUUGUGGUGUACCAAAUUUAACUAACCUUAAAUUACCGUGUAUGCCACCAAUUUUAAAACACUGGGGCCUAUUGGUAACAUAAUUAACUUGAUUUUGAAAUCCUAGCGCUCUUAAUUUUUCUAACAAAGCAAGAUCGAUCGUAUCAAAUGCCUUGUUAAAGUCCCAUGUCUGUGCAUGUCUCCUAGACAUGUGAUAUCUAUAUUUGCUUUUUUUAUGUAUUCGUCCCUUGUUCCUUUUCAUUUCUUGUUUGGCUUAUUGACACAUAAUUUGUACAUGCACGUUUGUUACCAUGUAUUUCAUUUUUGUAUGUCCACCUGCUAUGGUCCCUGAUGGGACUGACAGUAUUGAAAAUAAAUAAAUAAAAAGAGGGCUAGAACAAAGUUUUUUUUUUCUAUUACAGUGUUAACAAAAUUUGUAAAUUGAAGCAGUGUAAUUGUAUUGUUAUUUUUUGUAAAGCCAAAUUGUGCCGAAUCAUUCAAACAGUGCUUUUCACAGAAUGACUGCAUAAACAAUGAUACAUGUUUUUCCAUUAUGUGUGCUAAAGCUGACAAAAUCAAGAUUGGCCUAUAAUUUCCCCACUCACACUUUUAUUCCAUUUUUGUACGCUGGUCGGACUACAGAGAUUUUAAGUUCAUCUGGUAUGUCACCAAUUUGGAAUAUUCCAUUUAAAACUUUUAACAAGACAUUUUUCAACACCUCAAAGUUACAACGCAGGUCUCCAAGUCAAAUGCCGUCAUAUCCAGGUGGUUUAUGAAGCUUCAUUCCUUUCAUUAUUGUCCACAAUUCAACUUCUGAUAAUGGUGGUAGGUAAGCCAUAUGUGCACAGGCCUGCUGCAGCUUGUACAUACCGUUAUUAUCAGCUAUCAUGCUUCGCAUCUUUUCUGUUGCCUUUGUGAGAGUGUUGUUGAAUUUAUCACACAUUUCCUUCAGGCUUGAACCAGGAAAGUUUCUUUCUAUUGUGACGUCAAUAGAUGCUUUAUUCUUUCUACCCAUUAGAUCGGUCACACACUGCCAGGUUUUCUUGCCAUCACGCUUAUUAAAAGAAACAGACUAUCAUGUUUUCACACUUUCUACAUUCCUCUCUUAGGUUCGUAUUUUCUGGGUCGUUUCUACAUUUUUGCCAGGCCUUGUCCUUAACAUAGGACAGUUCCAUUAUCUCAUGAGUAACCCAGGUAUUCUUUGCAUUUCUAUGCUUGAUUUUUACAGUUCUGGUGGAUUUCUCAUGUUUUUUUGAAUAUAUUGACAAAUUUCUUGUAUAGGCUGAUGUGGUCUAAUUCUAAUAUGGAGCUCCAAUCAACCUCCUGUAUACAUUUAUCAGCUUUCCUGUUAUCAAUGAUAGAUUUAGUAAUCGUGGGAUAGUCAGUCUCAUUGUUUUUGUCGGACAUCAUUACAAUAGAUGUAAAGUGGUGAUCCGCUGCUAAAAAUAAGAAGGAAUGCCUCAAAUAAAGGAACAGUACUUAUAAAAUCUGUCAUUUGAAAUCAACUUGCCGCAUUCGUUUAUUGUAUGUAUCAUUAUCACCUCAUUUAAUGAUGUUAAAAAUGUACACUAUAAAUAAUGGCACUAAUCAUUUUAAGGCCUCUGACUCUUAAUGCCAUUAACUUGACCUGGUUGCUCAAGUUCUGACAGGUUACUGAGACAUUGUCCGACAAACGUGUACAUAAAUUGAAUUCAAACUGCAUGAGGAUUCUAAGCUACGCUAGCCAAUUUACAUUCAACAAUGUGAAAAGCACUGAUGAUGGGGCAAGUGGUGUGAACAGUACCGGUACACUAUCCUGUUCGGUUGUGCAAUCUGUCUCUUUUUUUUACUACAAUACACUAUGAAGAGGACAGGACAUAUGAACAGCACAGAUGCACUCUCCUGUUUGUUUCACUUGCCCAUCGGCUGUACUGUUCACCAUGUUUAAAGUAAACUGUACAGCUUCGAUGGCAACCACUUCACAAACAAAUGCUCUUUAUUUCUUGUUCCUGCCCUUGAAAGGAAAAAUUUUGGAAUUUAAUUUAAUUUAAAAGGAAUUUAAUUUUUGCAGGGAGAAGCGCAGAAAUUUUAAGUAGAGAAUCUUGAUUACAAAGGCCUUCUGAAAAGUAGCAAUGACGCAGGGGCAGCAGUACCGGCAUGCUGAAAAACACGAGAUAUAGUGCCCACAUUUCUGGCAACAUGCCUGCUGCAGUCUAAUGCUGCUAUUGGUAGGAUUGGGAAAUGCUAUUGAAACUGUACCCAACUUACGUUUUAUAGCAUGUUGAAAUAUGAAAUAUUUUAUACUGAUGUUGCUCACUGAUUCUUGUGCAUCAUGGCUGUAAACAGGGCUUGUUGUCAACACCUGCAUUCGAUGCUGGCUCAUUUACAUGCGGAGGUUUAUUUCUUUGUUUUCUUUCUGUGCAAAGUGCUGAAGAUUGUCACAGGGUGUCACAAGGAAAGAGCAACCAUCAAGCCCCUGGUUGGAGGUUCGUUUGGUGCACUUGCUAGCCCCCAGAUCUGAAACCCACUUUUGUUGAGCAGCACACAAGUUGGGAAGCUUCAUUUGUGGGACCACUAGCCUUUAGCGUUUUCCUACGCACCGUACCUCUCUACAGUACAUGUUAUACAAACACCAUAUAUAUACGUUGACGUGGUUAUUUCUAUGUAUUUUGCAGCUGCUUAAACAAUGUGUUAUUGUUCAGUGGCCUGACCUUUAAAAAAGGAGAGCACUGCCUUUCAGGCUUUUGUGGAAUAUUCCAUCUUCAUGCUGCUUUUAUCAUGCCAGCUGACAACAGCCCACUUCAUUUUUGAAUCUCAUUUUGUCUUUGCAUGAGCACCUAGAGGGCAGAAGCGUAGGAACAGGGCAUGGAAAGGUGAUCGUAUGGCAUUGUUAUACUUUAAUUUCUAUUUAUUGGGAAUCCCUAACUCCUAAGACCUCGUUGUCAAUGCACUUUCUAUGCUUGUGUUAUCCGCUUAGCCACUCUCACUUUUUUUUUUCUUUGGAAGAUUCAAGCAGAUAAUAUUUUGAUACACCAAAGCUGUUUGAUGUCUUUGAGUAUCAGCUCUGGGAAAAGGGCUAUUGAGAGUUUUCCAUGGCACCAGGUGCAAUCCAGCAGAUGGCAUGAUGUGCUGGGUGGCUGAAAUUGUGCUGCAUAUUUACACAUGAGAUCCGUAUUUGUACCUACUUUGCCAAACAUCUUUACACAUAUUGAAGCUGCGAGUACAGUGCAUACUUGUGUAAGGGCUGCACUCUUUUUUUCUAUAAUCUGGGCUAGGUGCGGCCCUUGCACGAAUCAGGCCGAUGACAGCCCGUCAAAGGUUCGUACUGUUUCCGCAACUGUAGCAGAGGGUAAGAGAGGGCAUAACGCUGAAGUGAACAACCUCAGGUGCCGGCCCAUCGUCCCUGACCAGCGCUGACCAAAACGUGGCUCCCUUCUCUAGAGGCGAAAUGCCACCGAUCUGACUGGAAACACUGCCAACACAGCCAAGACGAUGCGCCACACAAAGAAAUAAUGGCGCGGCGACACUGGCUGAGUGGCGUCAACAGAGAAGCAGUUAGCGUCGUCUAGCAAUAGCGUAACUAACUUCACUUUCCGACGGGACAGUUCGAUCAUUUUUUUCAUAAUAUUGCCCUGCAAAGUAGGGAUGCAGCCCUUACACAAGUAUAUACAGUAUUUUAGCCCAUGUACAGUGCAGAAUAGAGACCAAGGAAAUGUAAUAUUGUGCUUAACUACACCUUUAUGACUGUGUUAAUCUACUACAGGGAUAAAAAGUUCUCAUCAGUAUUCAUGAUCAUUUACUCAGGAUUCAAGCUGUCUAUUCCAUCAGUAGCUGGACCACAAUCAGGAUAAUGGUAGGGAGGUUCUAUGGUAAUCUACUUCAUGCUGCAUUGGUGCCUUUGGGUUUCUUAUUUUUUUAUGUUGUGAUACUAGGGUGUGCAUGCUGCUUUUUUGCUCACAUGUGAGGAAAAUGCCAAAAUAGCUUGCCGUCCACUUCAAAACAAGCAUUCAAAGUACCUUGUAAUGAGGCACAGAUCAAAUUUUGGCCUCGAAAGGCCCUCACUAUCAUCUGCAUAAAUGUCUUUGUUUUCAAAGACCAAGCAUAGGAUCGAGCUGUUAUUUAAUAAAUUGUUUGACUCAUUUCACGUAGGAAGCAAAAUGUUUGCCUAUAGACAAAGAGAACAGGUUUUGCACUAGUAGCUAAUGUAUACAAGAGAGUGCCAAUACUGAACAUAAGCUGAAUAAUUCCAGAACUAAUUUUUAUCAGAUUGUGCUAUUUCAGUACUCUUUGAAACACUAGCAUGGCCUGCAAGGCUAUAUGGCUGAGCUCUUAAGAUUCAUGAACCAGAUUCUUUGUAGUCUAGAGGCCACAAAAAAAAUGUAUUCAACAUUCUUGAAGGUUUCUUGAUGUUUCAGAACAAAUAUAUCUGCAACGUAUAUGCAAUAUACAUAAGUUUUACAAUGACCAGCAUGCUUUAUGAUCAAAAUAGGUGUCUUAACGACUGCUUUGCUAACAGCCAGUAUAGAUUUGGAGGCUGUAGAGUUUCAAGUUGUCCAAAUGUCCCCUCCAUGGAGUUACCUUUUAUGGAAAAUUUCACUUGUCAAUUUUGAGUAACUACCCAAAUUCUCAAACAGGUUCUUGAAUCACGUUUGGAUUUCACAAAUAUAAAUAUGCCAGAGAAAAGACAUAGCUUUACUUUGUAUCAUUAUGGAAAUCUUAAUGCAUAGCUCACAGAAGUAUCACUACGCGUUUUAGAACUUCCAAUUUAAUCCACAUAUCGGCAAUAGGGCACAGGAGGGUGAGCUGUUAUAAGUAGAGCUGAUCCAAAACCACCCCUGAAAAAUGCAAAAAUGCAAGCCCAUUGUGAAUCGGCCAGUGAAAACAAGAAAAGGAAAAAAACACCUGCUUGAGAUUGACCAGUAGAAUUCACCUUAAACAUCAAGACAUAGUCCCAAACCAAUGUGACCAGGCUUUUCAACUAUGCUCAUCCCACAUCUGGAAAAGAUCAUGAAUCCUCUCCAACAGCCUUAACAUUGUUCUUAGAACCCAGUGUUUGUUAUAUCCGGGUAUGUUAAUUUUCUUUAGGUGGAUUAUCCACAUUGUUGCAACAUCUAGUCAGUUGUGAGCAGGCUGUUUCUGUACUCAAUUGUUCUGGUCUUGAAAACAUCAAAUGCACAAUCCUUUAUCUUCAAGAUCUGUUCUCAUUUUGUCACUGUGGUGCUUUGUGUAUUCUUUCCACUUGUCCUGUGGGCCAUGUUGUGUCUUGCUGCAAAUGCUCUUUCUGUAUGCUAAGAACUGUAGAGGGAAAUUGGGCGCUGUUGUCUGUAUGCACCACUGGUAAGGCUGUUCACCCAACUUGAUGAGCAGUACAUGGAUUGGUGGGUGUAUUAUUCCUCUUGUUUUAAACUACCUUAUGGAUUCUGAUAUCUAGAUUUUUGUUUCAAAUUUAUUGUAUCUCAACGAUUAAUCUCAAUUAGCCUCUAAUUUCAACCAUUCAAUAGUUUUCAACACAUUGCAAACAAGAUUAAUUGUUUAUAAUAUAAACCGUUACUAUAAGUGGUUAGUUUUACUUAACAAAUGUCAUCUAGAUUAGUAUGCAUAAUAAUUGUUUUAAGUAUUUCUUCUUUCCACGAACAGUGGUUGAAUGGAAUAAUCUAACCAAUGACCAAGUUUUAAAAUGAUCAAUUUUCUGCGUUUAUUUCAAGUAUUGAGUAAAAAUUUGUUAUCUUGCUGUGCCACUGCUAUGUUCAAGCUCUGUUGACCUGAUCUGUAUUGUGUUCAUUGCCUAUGCUAUAGUGUUCUUUACAUAUGUAUUGUUUCUCACCCUGCUAAAAUCCCUAGUGGGGAUUGCAGUAUUGAUAAAUAAAUAAAUAAAUAAAUAAAUAAAUAAAUAAAUUUGGUGACAUGCACACUCAAAAGUGUCACAUUUUAUUUAAGCACUGAAAAUUAUGCAAUCAAACUAAUUCCGAGCAUAAAACACUGAAUUCCUCUAAGGAAAUCUAGGGUGUUUUCUUCAUCCUAACUAGUCUCUCCCUAUCCCCCAAUCCUACCCCCACUGCUGUUGGCAGCUAGGCAGUUGCUGUGCAGUCAGCAGUAAUUUUCCUCACUUUAGGGUCAUCCCAUGUGAAACGUCCCAGAUGCCAAAAGUGAAUAUCAUUGAAUUUCUUGAAAAAAAUUUGGCUAUAUGGCUGUUGUGUGAAUAAGGUUUCACCAAAGUAUUUUUGUCUAAAAAUUUUUUUGAUCACAUGAGCGCUCUGAAAUUUCCGCGAAGCAUCAAAAGUAAGUUGCAGGUACAUUUCUUUUAUUCAGGUUUAAAACUAGUUGCAAUAACAAAAUUUAAUUUAGAGCAUUUUAUUGGCAUCCUUCUUUCAUAUGACAUCAUAAGUGAAUGUAUUUUAGAAUUUUCUGUGUUUAUUUGGCUUAGUAAAAAAAGCUAUGAAAGUUGCGCCUUCAGAAAUUUUUCUGCAUUAACUGCGUUAUUUCUCCAGCUACAAUAAUUUUUCUCCCUUUUUGCCUGUUGCUGAAAAUAAUUUGAAACUAUUAUAAAAUAUAUUUUUUGAGCAUAGCCUUAGCCACUUUUGAGCCAUUAAUCCACAUUUAAUUAAUUAAUUACUUUUUGAGUAAAAUACUUCUGUUGGCAAAAAACGAAUUUCUUGUGAUAUUCAGUCCAGAUUAAAGCCCUCCAGAUAAAAAUAUGUCACAUAGCUCAAUAUACGCACUAACCUCUUAGCUUAUAAUUUAUGAGUAGAUUUUGUCUGGAGCGAGAAAAUAAUUUUUGAAGUCAACAACCAAUAUCACCAGUAGGCACACUGCGUAUAUGCCGCAGCUCUUUUCGUUAUCUGCUUGUCAUCAUGUGUGCAUCAUUGUCUGCUCUUCUCCUCAUCGUCUGCCGCCCAGCAGACAGCUGCUAGUAUACGGGGUGAUCAUUUAUCAGUUUUAUGGGACUUUUAAAUAUCGCCUGUUGCAAAUACCAUAGUUAUAGUCCCUGAGCUGGAUUGUUCAGAGAGGCGGACAUUACUUGCACCAAAAAUUGAAACACAUAUUCAAUGACUUAACUAACAUUCACUAAUUAUCUUCCUAAUUAAUUACUGUAUAGCACAUAGUGAAAUUAUAAAUUGUAGCCAGUGAGAUUGUCAGACGUAUUAAUUUACAAUGAAUUUCCAGAAUGGCACCGAUUUCGAGAUAUUAUUUCCCUAAGUAUGGGACUAAAUAGUCACUUUUGUGCUUGAAUGCAUAAAAGAGCAUUUUGUUGAAAAAAGUAAAUGGACCAGCAGUAAAUUUUUAUGGCGAGUUUGAUGGCAUAUAUCUUGAAAUUGGUGGCAUUCUGGAAAUUUAUUCGAAGUGGAUACACCUGACAAUCUCUGUGGCUAAAAUGAGUAAAUUUCAGUAUGUGUUGUUCAAUAAUUAAUGAAGUUAAUUAGUGUAUGCUUGUUGCUUCGUUGAAUAUGUGUUUCAAUUUUUGAUGCAUGUAAUGUCUGCCUCUCUCAACAAUUCAGCUCAAGGACUAGAAUUAUGGUAUCUGCAACAGGUGAUUUUUAAAAAUUCCAGAAAACUGAAAAAUGAUCACUCUGUAUACUAGCAGACGACAACGCACAGACGAUGAUGAGCAGAAGACAAGAGUGGCAGCAUGUAUGCAGUGCCUUCUGGUGAUAUUGGUUGUUAACUUCAAAAAUUGUUUUCUUGCUUCAGACAAAAUUUACUUGAACGAAAAUUUCUAAAUCACAAGCUAAGAGGUCAGUGCGUAUAUUGAGCUAUCUGACAUAUUUUUACCUGGAGGGCCUUAGUGCUUAAAUUUGGCUUGAAUAUCACAAGAAAUUCAUUUAUUGCUAACUUUGGAGGUAUUUUUCUCAAAAAUAUAUAUUUAUUAAUAACUUCAAAUUAUUUUUAGCAGGCACUAUAGUAACAGCCAAAACGGGAGAAAAAUUAUGGUAGUUCAAAAAAUAACGCAGUUUAUGCAAAGAAAAUGUCUGAAAAUGCAACUUUUAUUGCUUUUUUACUGAGCCAAAUAAACAUGGAAAAUUCUAAAAUGCAUUCAAUUAUGACGUCAUGUGAAAGAAGGAUGCCAAUACAAUGCUCUAAAAUAAAAUUUGUUAUUGCACCUAGUUUCAAACCUUAAUAAAAAAUAUUUACCUCCAACCAACUUGUGCUUCUUUGUGGAAAUUUCAAAGAGUGCUCACGUGAUCAGUCAGUCAAGAACUUUAUUGAGGUCCUGAGUAGUGUUAAGCUGUUGGAGAUCCUACGCGGGGAGCUCCUCAGGCCGAAAUCGUAGGCAACACCCAAGUCGGGACGGGAACGUGGUGAUGCUCCGCCAGGUCUUGGGCUUUCUGGAUGGCCUUGAAUUUGAGUUUGAGGUCCGAGCUUUUCAGGGCUUCUUCCCAUUCGGGUUCACUGGAGAGAGGGCCCUUUGGUAACGCGGUGCAUUGCCAUAGCAUGUGCGAAAAUAAGCAAUAAAGUUCUGGGCAGUCUGGACAAUUUGCCGGGAUGUCUCAGUUGUAGUGACUUAGUAGGCCUCGUGAUGGAUACGAGUCCAUUUGUAGCAUUCGAAAUGCGGCCGUCUGCGCGCAUUCAAGUUUGACGUGCGGAAGCGGGUAUUUGAUUCUGCCUUUUCGAUAGUGUGAGGUGAUUUCUUGGUAAGGGAGUGGUGGGUCAUUAAACUGAAUGUCCAGCGCCUCAGAGGCCGUGGGACUGUCGCGACGGGCAAGUUCUCUUGCACAGUCAUGGGCCGUUUCAUUGAGGUUUGGUUUUUGCGGGUGAAUGUCUUUUCCCCAUGUGAGCGAGAAACCAGGAGAUCAAAAAAUUUUUUCGGUGAAAAUACUUUGGUGAAAUUUUAUUCACAGAAUAGCCAUCUAUCCCAAUUAUUUUCAAAAAAUUCAAUUCUGGUCACUUUUCCCAUCUGGGACGUUUCACUUCGAAUGACCCUUUACUUUUCUUUAUUUUAUCAAAAAUAAAAAAAACAGUUACUACACACAACACACUUGAGCCAGAAAUAAUGAUACAGAAGCUUCGAUUGCUUUCUGAAUGAAUCCAUGCCAAUUUUUAAAUGUAUACAUGUGCUCCUUAUGGCUGAACAAUUGCAGUGUCAAAUUUCUGUCUAACAACCUUAGCAUGAAACCGUGUGCUUUCUGUAUCUUUUGACUCCUUAAUUCAUUCACUAUCCUGUGCCAUCUUUCCCAGAACAUGUUUUGUGCAUAAUGUUGAAAACAAAAGCAGGUGCACUAUAGACUAAGCAUCCAACAGCACAAAGUGACAUGCGAACUGGGACAAUAAGUUAAAAUACCUAUUGCUCAUAAUUAAUUCAGAAUGCACUUGGAAAUAACUGCAGUGUCCAGAUGGUUUCUAAACAAGUUGUAGCUGCACAUCUGGGCCUUUGUUUUACCAAUGAUACAAGCACAGGCAAUUCUGAACACGUAAAGAUGUGUGCCAGUAGAUAAAACUUCUUUGCUUUUCAGUUUAUGUUGACGAUUCAGCAACUUGCGUGUUUGAACAGCAUUAAAAAAGUUUGCCAUUUACUGUUAGUGUAGUACUGGUUUAUUGUAUCAGGAUAACAUAUUGUUGUCUGCUCUAUAAAAUAAAGCAUUUGGCACUGA